CAUGUAUGUCAUACAUCACACACACAAACACAUACAUAUGUGCAUAUGUAAGUGCAGAGCAUGCUGUGUGCAUUUGGCGCUUUCUAAAAGCAAAUUCGUCGUAAGUGGGUUAAACAACUGGCGGCAACGACGUUGACAAUGCUCUUGUGAUAUUUUUAUGUACAAUACAUGUGUGUGGGCUGGCGAGCCGCUUACUUAUGAUACUUACGUUACCCCAUUACCAAUCAAUAGUCGGUGGAUUGGUCACCAAUCGCCCGCUUUUGCCAUAUUUGGCCAAUGUGUUGUUAUUGUCGACAAAUAAUUAAUCAGCAAGCACCAAAGUCAAGAGUUUUUGUGCGUGGUGUGUCUGGCGACAACGGAAAAACUCGCUAUGCAAAUGUGUCUGAUUUAGCUGCAUAAUAAACACAUUUGUUUUCUAAAGCAGUUAAAACUAUUCAUGUUUAUUCUUUCUAUAUGCGUUCGAAUCGAAAUCUCAACUAAUCGACAUGAAAUGUAAUUGUAAAUUCGAUUAACAAUCUUUAUUAUCAAUUUCAUUUGAAUGUCGAAAAAUGUAAACUCGCUCAUAACUAUCGAUUAUGUUAGUACACAACCAAUCGAAGCGAACGCAAUUAGUCAACACUGUUUCGUUGGAAAAAGCUGAAGCAACGGUUCACUUUAGUAACUGUAAAUUGUACUGCAAAGUAAAUAGCAAAAAAAUUGCGAGGAUACAAUGAAUAAUUAUCGUAGGUCCAAGGAAAACUCCAAUGGGCAAUUGUUGCAUUGCAAUGCAAUGAAGUACCGCUCACCAGUAAAUGUAUUGAAAGCAAGUCAAGCCGGACUGGGCAAAGAAGCCUUCAAAAGCUACGUCAACAUGUGGUUGGGCGACUUGACGCCCGAUCAUCUGGGCAGCGUGCUCGAUUGGCAUGUGUCGGAGCACGAAUCGAGCUGUGCGAGCACAACGGCCAGUGUGACCGGCUGGUACACAGUGUGCAUCUCCAAUUGUCGCAAUCUCACAAAUGAUUCCAUUUUGCUGGCCAUCAAAUACGCAAUGUUGCCAGUGGCCGUUCAAAUGUUCGAUUUCAAGCGUAUCGGUGAACAUGGGGAAUGUGGCCAUUUUCUGGUGGACAACAAGUUGCUGGCCAAUCGCUUGAUGCGACUGCGCGACAAGGUGAUAGUGCUGUAUACCACACAGAACAUUAACAUCCAUGUGCAGUUGGGCAUUACGAAAUUGUUCAGUGAGAUGUACUUCGAUGCUCCAUGGCUGCAGGCCAUGCGAGAUGCGUUGCGUGCCCGCUACGAUGCGUCAUGUAGUGCUCUAUACUUGACACGUUUCCAUGCCGCCGCCGAGUUGCAAACACAUUUCUGCGCCCUGCAUCUGAUGCCGAUGCUGCAGCAGCUCCUACUGUUGAUUGCCGAGGAGUUUCCUCAGUUGCGUGUGCUACAGCUGCGCGACAAUUUUAUCUGCUCGCUGAGUGCCUUCGACACGUUCCCUCGCAACCGUUUGACACAGCUACAAGUGCUGGAUGUGAGCAUCAAUCAGAUUCAGGGAUUGAUGGAGCUGAAGAAUCUGCGCAAUAUACCGCUGCAGACGUUGGACAUAACGGGUAAUCCGCUGGCCAAGAAUGAGCUGCAGCAAUUGCGCAAACUGCUGCCGCAGGUGGCGCACAUUCAUUGCCAUCCCAGUGUGCACGAGGUGAAGCCCAAAUUGGACAACAUUCAGCGACCGCUUGCCGAGCGCUAUUGCGGCGCCAAUAGCAAUGGACGCUCCUUUUGUCUGCAAUUCGCCAACGGUUACUAUGCCUUGUUCAAUGGCAAGGAGCGCCGCGAGAAGCUGGAGCAUUACUAUGCAGCUAAAGCCAUGCUAACAUUGUCGCUGCCGAAGCUACGUGGAAGUAAUCAGCAGCCAGGCGCCGCUUGCGACAAGUUGUUCUAUGGACGCAAGACGACGGUGAAGGCGAUUUGUGCGCUGCCCGAGCUAGACAUCGAUGUGAAGGCUGCCCAAUUCUAUGUGUAUGUGUUUACGCAGGAGAAGCGCAUCUUUGCCAUGAGCGGUUGCCACAAAGAGCGCACCCACAACUCCGACUGGCAGUUGGGCAACUAUAUGCGUGUCUUUGUUUUGCAACCGGCAGGAGCUCAGGGCAAUCAAUGGAGCAUAGUUCGCGACAAUCUGCGAUUGCGUGGUCUCAUGAAGGAUAAUGAUGGGUGCCCAACAACGGAAGUUCUUAUGGAAAAGCAAAUAGAGCGCCUAAACAACUUAUUGCCCAAGUUGAAUUUGGAGACCGAGAUAUCAAUGACUGUGGAUGAUGAGCAGAUCCCGGCGCUGGUACCGCUGAAGCAACCUGCAAGCUUCUCAAUAGAAAGAUUAAUGCCAAAGCUGGUGCCGCUGAAGCAGCCUGAAGUGGAACCUCCAAGUAUCACAUCCAAAGCAAUUCCGCAGGCUGUAAGCGUAACGAUGGCCAGAAGCACCGUGGAGAGUGAACUGGAUGACACUCUGCCUCUUUCCGAUGAUGAGAUGCUGUUGACCAUCAAUGAGGAUGAUCUGCUCGAUGAUUUCUAAAAGCAGCUCGCCAGCAGCACACACAACCACAUCCAAUCACACACACAUUUAAACCACAAACAGUAUUGAAGAAGACUGUCAUUUAUUUUUUUUAAUUUUUGUUUUUAAAUAAUCAAUUCAUUUAAAUCAUUCGUAUUCGUUU